UAUAAAAAUGCCCUUUUCUUCUGUGGAGAAAUAAAAUAAAAUAGGAGACUGUCUAUCCAACUUUUGCUGCGCAGAGCAGUGUUGAGCAUCAGCUUAGUAUCGGAACAGAUGGUCCCUGUGCUGGACAAUAUGACCCCAGCGCCUUUGACACAGAACUGCUCAAACUGCAGCCAGAUUUUUGUCCCAGAGCUCAACGUGGUCAAGGCUGUGGUUUUGGGCCUAUUGCUUGGCAUUUUAAUUUUGUUUGGAAUAGUUGGAAACAUCCUGGUAAUCCUCUCAGUGGUCUGCCAUCGACACCUGCGGACAGUCACACAUUAUUUUAUAGUAAAUUUAGCAGUGGCAGAUUUGCUGCUGAGCACCACUGUACUACCUUUCUCUGCCAUCCUUGAGAUUGUGGAUCGUUGGGUUUUUGGACGGGCUUUUUGCAAUGUUUGGGCAGCUGUAGAUGUUCUCUGCUGCACUGCCUCCAUCAUGAGCCUUUGUGUGAUCUCUGUUGACCGCUACAUUGGAGUAAGUUACCCUCUGCGCUACCCAACAAUAAUGACGAAGCACAGGGCACUGCUGGCAGUGAUACUGCUGUGGGUGCUGUCCAUCAUCAUAUCUGUCGGACCUUUGUUUGGCUGGAAAGAGCCAGAACCUGAGGACGAGUCAAUCUGCAAGAUCACUGAGGAGCCGGCCUACGCUAUCUUCUCUGCUUUGGGCUCCUUCUACCUCCCUCUGGCCAUCAUACUGGCCAUGUACUGUCGGGUUUAUGUGGUAGCUCACAGGGAGAGCCGGGACCUAAGAGAGGGCUACAAAACGGAGAAGUCAGACUCAGAGCGGGUGAUACUCCGGAUACACAGAGGCAACACAACUGUACCAGAGGACGAGGGCCUCCAUAGCCGCACACAUUUUGCCCUUCGCCUGCUCAAGUUCUCACGUGAGAAGAAGGCCGCCAAGACCCUUGGCAUUGUGGUUGGCUGCUUCGUGUUGUGCUGGUUGCCCUUUUUUCUGGCGCUACCCAUUGGCUCCAUCUUCCCCGCAUACAGACCUUCAGACACUGUCUUCAAGAUCACCUUCUGGCUUGGUUACUUCAACAGCUGCAUCAACCCCAUCAUCUACCCGUGCUCCAACCAGGAGUAUAAGAAAGCUUUCCAGAGACUACUCGGAGUUCACUGUCUGAGAAAGGCUCCCAGACCACACCAACAUCCUCUGAAUGCAUGUCAGAGUAAAGCAAAGGGUCAAAGUCAGCCACUUAAUCUGGGUCUGGACAGUCAGGGGGCUCCCUGUCGGCUCAGCCCCUCUUCCUCGGUGGCCCUGUCCAGAACCUCGUCCUCCAGGGACAGCAGGGAGUGGAGGGACUUUUCUGGAGGCCCCAAAAGCGGAUCAGGGCCAGCCGGGAAGAGCAGGGAUAAGGUGGCCAAACUCUGCAGUAAAAGCUUCCAUCGGAGCUGCUGCUGCAUCCUCAGAAGUGGGACUCCCCCGCUCGAUCCCCCUCCUGUCGGAAAUCUUCCCACGAUUAAAAUCCACCAACUGUCCCUCUCAGAUAAAGGAGAGCCUGUAUAACCAGUAUAAUCCUACAUCCAUUAGUCAUGACUUCACUUUCAAGGUCACAAAUAUUUUGUUUUGCUCUGUCGGAUGAGCUGUGUUGUAUAGAUGGCCUCUUUGAAACAUUAAAGUCUCAACUUUUAUAUAAUUCUGUGAUUCUGUGAAUACAUGUCUAUGUUUGUCAUACUUAAUAUAUCUGACAACUUUAAGGAGAUGGCAUUUAUGCUUUUGAACACAAACUGCUUGCAGAAUACAACUUGUGAAAGGAAAAAGACCUUAAAAGUAUUUCCUUGAAGUAAGAAAAAAAUCCACAGAGCCUAAACUAACUACUAAGAUUUUAAAAUGUUUACAUAUUUUAUAUGAGAGAAGACCAGGUCCAAUUGACAAAACAAAACAAGAGUUGUAUUUAUUGUAUGUAUGAUUUCACCAAAUGUUUCAGAAAUGCUGGUCAGUGGUACUAUUGUUGUCUCCAAAAUGUAUUGUUCCUGUAUUCAAAAGUCGGUGUUGCGCCGUACACAAUAAAUACCAAGGGACCUUCUCAUAUUAUAAUAAAUUCGUAUGACAUACUCCUACAAAAGGGAUUUAUGAGGACAUUUUUGGACUCUUUCUCAUUUCUUUUUUUGAAUUCAUAGCUUCUAAAAAUGUCUAGUUCAUCUUUUUACAUUCCCACCAUAUCAUGCCCCACCGAGCAGUGCCAGAUGGAAGUCUUAAUAUACUUCUGUGGAAUUUUAGCUGACCUUCUGGUUGCUGACCUCAAUCCUGACCAGCCUACAAGCCUCUUAAAAAAAUCCAUCCGAUUUAGAGAUGUCACAUUAACUCACACAGUCACAGACAUUCUUCUCUCAGGCCUUGUUUAAAUACUUGUUUUUAGCUGCCCUAAAACAUGCAAAGUCUUAACCUUUGUACGAUCUGCUGCUGUUGGUGCUGUUUACCAGUGUGCAAAGGUGAAAAACUGAAUGUGUUAGUGGGAGUUUCGAUGGCUGCAAAGUUUCACUCUGUUUACGCGGAGGCAUCAAAGGGCAAGAGGACAACCUCUGCCAACUUUAUUGAUUUGUUUUUCUCCCUCUGUAGUACCAAGAUGAACUCCAAGUGCAAGUGCGACAGGGAUAAGAGACAGUCGUGUGUUAAGUGCAGCAGUUUCCCACAGGAGAGUCAGCGAAAGUGCUUGUCUGUGUCCGCAUUGUCAUUGAGUGGCAUGUCUGUGAACCUGUUAAUCACACCAUCUCUGGGCAGAAAGAGAGGAAGCAUCCAGCCACAGCAAUAAACUAUACAGAUGGUACAGAUGACCUAAUUCACCCCCUCCAUCUAUGUCACUGUCUGCAUAGAGUGUUGGCAUUAUGCACAGAGCUCAUCUUAUGAACACCUCUGUGCCAGGCUUUAUAAAGAUACAUCAUGUUUCAAAUGCAAUAGCUAUAAUGAACACCAUAAUUAGAUCUUCAACCUUGCAGGAGCCAGAUAUAGACUGGAACAAAGUAAGAACAACCCACCAUG